CUCUUUUUCAUUCCUAAUCAUCAUUCAUUCCUUACCAACUCCGAUCGACCACAAUGAGCAGCAGACUUCAAGGAAAGAACGUCUUGAUUACCGGCGCGUCCUCGGGUAUCGGUGAGGCAUGCGCUCGCCAUUUCGCACAGGCUGGAUCAAACUUGUUGCUGGCUGCACGUCGCAAGGAGCGUUUGGAGUCCCUGAAGCAAGAGUUGGAGAGCAAGUAUCCGUCGAUCAAGGUAUCGACCUUUGAAUUGGAUGUCCGUGUCAAGGCCAAGGUGAAUGCGGCGAUCGAGCACUUUGGAGAGGUUGAUGUCCUUGUCAACAACGCCGGACUGGUGAUUGGGUUGGACAAGCUGGAGGACAUCACAGAGGAUGCGUUGGACACCAUGAUCGACACGAAUGUGAAGGGUCUGGUGCAUGUCACCCAGGCGGUGCUGCCGGGGAUGCGUAAGCGCAACAAGGGACAUAUCAUCAACAUCGGAUCGGUGGCUGGUCAGCAGCCCUAUGCGAACGGAUCGAUUUACUGUGCUACCAAGGCGGCGGUCGCCUCGAUCACUCGUGCGCUCAUGGCCGAGACCGUCGAUACCGCCAUCCGUAUCUCGGAGGUGAACCCAGGCCUGGUCGAGACCGAGUUCUCGGUGGUCCGCUUCCGUGGCGAUAAGGAAAAGGCCGACUCGGUCUACAAGGGUGUUGAACCCCUGACGGGUGACGAUAUCGCAGAGACCGUUAUCUUUGUGGCCGGGCGUCCUGAACAUGUCAACAUUGCGGAGAUGCUCGUCUUCCCCACUAACCAGGCAGCCGCCACCAACGUCUACCGUCGGCCUUGAAAUCAUUUCAUAGAACAUGGAGGUUCUCUUAUCCGAUCCUACAGAGAAUAAAAAAAAAAAUAAGCGCUCCUGUCUGGGGUAUUGUCUGAAUU